GUGUGGCGGCGUCUCCAUGGUGACGGGGCUGUUCCCGGGGAGGCUGUGAUGGGUUGACAGGUGCGUGACAGUCGGAGCUCUCUGCAGGCAUGUACGGCAAAGGCAAGAGCAACAGCAGCGUCCCGUCCGACAGCCAGGCCAGGGAGAAAUUAGCACUGUACGUAUAUGAGUAUCUGCUCCAUGUAGGAGCACAGAAAUCAGCCCAGACAUUUUUAUCAGAGAUAAGAUGGGAAAAAAACAUCACACUGGGGGAACCCCCAGGAUUCUUGCAUUCCUGGUGGUGUGUAUUUUGGGAUCUCUACUGUGCAGCUCCAGAAAGACGAGAAACAUGUGAACAUUCAAGUGAAGCAAAAGCCUUUCAUGACUACAGUGCUGCAGCAGCUCCCAGUCCAGUGCUAGGAAACAUUCCCCCAGGAGAUGGCAUGCCAGUAGGUCCUGUACCACCGGGUUUUUUUCAGCCUUUCAUGUCCCCUCGGUACCCUGGAGGUCCAAGGCCACCUUUAAGAAUACCCAAUCAGGCACUCGGAGGUGUCCCAGGAAGUCAGCCAUUAUUGCCUAGUGGGAUGGACCCAACACGGCAGCAAGGGCAUCCAAACAUGGGUGGGCCAAUGCAGAGAAUGACUCCUCCAAGAGGAAUGGUUCCAUUAGGACCACAGAACUAUGGAGGUGCAAUGAGACCCCCACUGAAUGCUUUAGGUGGCCCGGGGAUGCCUGGAAUGAACAUGGGUCCUGGGGGUGGUAGACCUUGGCCAAACCCAACCAAUGCCAAUUCUAUACCUUAUUCUUCAGCAUCUCCUGGAAACUAUGUAGGUCCUCCAGGAGGUGGAGGGCCACCAGGAACACCUAUCAUGCCUAGUCCUGCAGAUUCAACCAACUCUGGAGACAACAUGUACACUUUAAUGAAUGCAGUACCACCUGGACCCAACAGACCUAAUUUUCCAAUGGGGCCAGGGUCAGAUGGACCUAUGAGUGGACUGGGUGGAAUGGAUUCACAUCAUAUGAAUGGAUCAUUAGGCUCAGGAGACAUGGACAGUAUUUCCAAAAACUCUCCCAGUAAUAUGAGCAUGAGUAAUCAGCCUGGCACUCCCAGGGAUGACGGUGAGAUGGGUGGAAACUUCCUAAACCCUUUCCAGAGUGAGAGCUACUCCCCUAGCAUGACAAUGAGUGUGUGAUCCGUUAACAAGUCUCGCCAUGAAGACCACAGUGAGUUGGCCCUCUUCAGAGAGCUACCGCAGAAGAAAAUUAUUCGUCCCAGUGUACAGUUUAACAAAAGGAUCUCAGACACAAUCAGACCCACCUUUUUUUUUUCUGCCAUCUCCCCCGUUUUCUCAAGACAGUGGGUCCCAAACAUGAUUGAGGCAACCGUAAAGAGUGGCAUAACAGAACUGCCCAAGAUGGAACUGCAAACAAUUAUCUGUGUGUGUACAUGUGUGGGUUAAUGUAUAUGUAUGUAUGUGUGUGUGGCAUAGAAAUACACACAUACAUAUAUAGACCCAUAGAACAUUGUAAAAUAUUAUCACAUGACAUCUUAAGUAGAAAUGAGGAGUAGGGACUAUUAUUCCUUCUUUUUUUUUUUUUUUCACGUUUACAUUUUAAUUAUUAAAAUUUGCUUUCCCUCUCCCCUCCUGAACUGUUUUAUGUUGCAUAUAUCACUGCUUUAUAAGUUAUUUUUUAAGGUGAACUCAAAUGAUAAGUUCUUCUGAUUUUGUACAUGUCUGCCAUUAUGGAUAGGAAUAAAAUCGCUUAUAAGAGCUUUCAUUAACUUGUGUUUGAUACCAGUUACCCUGUGAAUCAUAAACUGUACUGUCUCAAGAAAUAGAAGAAAGCUCAUCUUAAUUUUUUUGAGAAAUUUAAUAAUUUUCAUCUAGUUGGGGAUUUUUUUAAUACUUUGCCUUUAAAAAAUGAAGCACUGAAGGUUAUUUUUCUUUAAUUGAAGCCUAAUAUCUGCAAUAUCUAUUUUAAGUGGAAGCCUGAAUUUGAUGCAAGCUUCUCAGUUUAUAUAGAGUACUAUAAGGUUACUGUAAGCGAGCUCCAAUUGCUAUAGAAUCUAGCAAUAAAUUGUCAGGGCUUCUUCUGCCCUUGGAAAUGAGUUUUCUAUUUAGCAUGUUCUUCUGUAGGGGUGGUAGUUAGUGGAAAUACAGUAGAGUGCUUAUCACCGAAACCUUUUCUAACAAUUUAGUAUUAUGUUUCCCAUUUUCUGUGAUUCUCAGCCGAAUUGUAACAAUCCAUGGUCUUAAUUAUAUACAGUACUUCCCAAGCCCAUUCAGAAAGUCAGGUCACCCUGCUACUUAGGCGUGUCCUUCUCACCACAUCUACCAGAAUUCCCCCAGAAGUUUCCAGUAAGCAUUUUAUUGGGUUUUGGGGGUUUUUUUGAGCCAAAAUGAUGGAGUAAAGUUUUUAUGAGUACUGCUAGCCUUGUGAGGGUCUUACUAUUUGCCAUGAACAGCAGAGGAACAAAGGAGAUCAGCCUACUAGACAUGAAAGCAGGGGACAGAAUGGAGAAAAGUCAUAUGGUCUUAAAGGAGAUGCUUCUGGAAGCAAUCCCAUGUCUCUUCAGGCAAAGCUCUAAAACCAAUAUUAUGGUACAUUUAGUUCCCAAUGACUCCAAGCCCCCCAAGGAAACGAAAGUUUUCCGUUGUGUAGUGAUUGGAAAGGUGGAUGAUCGGCAGUGCAGCACAAAGUGGCUGAACAAAUAUGCAUGCCACAGACAAAAAGCACAGUCCCCUCCUUGUACUUUGCAUAUAGAAGAGCCACUUACAUAGGAGGAGCAGUUCUGAGUGUGGUUAUGGCCAUGAAGUCUUGCAAGUAACAGGCUCAUUGUGAAUGCACAUAGCGGGGUGUGUAAGGAGUACUACAGUCUCCUAACUCAUUUUUAUUUACAUAUAUUAUAUGUAUGUACAUGCACAUAUAUACACAAAUAUAUAAUAUAUGAAAAUAAAAAGGCAUAACACGUUUUACUCUCAUGUUAGGGCUAUUCAAAGAUUAAACUCUUGCAGGCUUAAAAUUACAUUAAAUUUUCAAAAGGUUUUGGUAGCAUUACUUUUUAGUAAUAACUACUUUGAUUAGUUGUAAACAUAAACUAGAUAGUAUUGAUAUGGCUUUGUGGACUUUAUUCCCAGUGAUUAUGAAGGUUACAUUAAUUUGCUUAUCUUUGGAAAACACUUUGUUGCUGUCUCAAAAGAUGCUAGAAGCCCCUACUAUUGAUUUGAUGUACAAAACACAAAAUCAGAUCUAAUUUCCGAGGACCCUUCACUGUUGUCACUAAUACCACUGGUUUCAGUGGCUGCAUCCCCAGUGCACCCCAGUUUCUCCCAUAAGCACUGCAGAGCCCAGGCAUCCUUGCAGCCUGCAUUUGACAUCUAUACUUUCCUUGGCAGCCUUCAUGGAAGGACUUUAGGACUCUUCCCUGCCCAGUUUCAGCCAGACGAUGUCGCUGCUGCUGUAGCAAUCUAGAUGGGUAUGUCUGGACUCCGCACCAAGCGCCACAGGCCAGAUGAGUGCCCGCGAGCGAGCUCUUACAGCGCUGGGUAAGCUCUUACAGCGCCUGGGGCCUGUUGCGUAUCUCCAGGGGAGGCCCUGUGCCGUCCCGUGCAGGACAGCAGUGUGUCCCCUGAGCAGGCAGCGGCCGGCCGUGCUGGCAUCGCUGAGGACUCUCUUACAAGGCAGAGUACGUGCUGCCACUGGAGCUUCUUACUCUGGCAAAAUUAAUUUUUUCUUCCUGAAUUUGUCAUUAUCAUGUUAUAUAGUUUAGCUUAUAGAUGCCUGUUAAGGGUGAAAGUCUGACCAUUGAAUUGAGCCUGUGCAAAGAAACCCCUUAAAAAGAAACCCCUUGAACUGCCCACACAUAGCGAACAUCAUUGUCAAAAUAUGUUAUCCUAAUUUAUAUACAAAACCAUAACAUCCUUUCAGGCACGUAGUUUUUCUUCUGUAGCUCUUUCAAACUCCCCUCUAUACAAUUUUUCUGUAGUGCCAGCGUGUCUUUGUUUCCCCUUUCCAUUUCUUUUCCAGAACAUUUGUAUCAUUGAACAUUGUUGCAUCGAUCCUGCAGCAUUAAUCUCAGUAAAUACAUUCCUGGCUUCAAAACGAACAGGAUCAGGCCCUGCUUCUCGUAGCCUGUCAUUCUGUGCCCUGAUAUUGUCAGUCACUAGGUAUGUCCAGCCCUUCUCAUACCUACCUAGCCCCACAGACUGCUGGAAUAAAAGAUGUGCAAGCUUGCAAAGUUUUAGAUUUGGAAGAUCUGCUUGAAUACUCACGGCAUAUCUUACUGUUAGAAUUUUAAUCGGAUAUAAGGAAACCUAAUCAUCUUGCUUUCUGUAGGGAAUGCUAACAUCCGUAUGCUUACAUACAUGAGUAAAGUUACACAUGCAUUAGUAAGAUCAGGUGAUAACAAUCAUACAUAGGUUCUGCAGCCGAACCAUUAGAAAACAAUCUUAUGUGCUAAAUAUUCAACUUUAAAAUUACAAGCAUCCCCUUGAGGAUUUUUGUAAAGUAUGUGUAGAGCUUUUUGCUUUUUCAUUUGUCUUCUUUCUUUUGCUUAUAAAUCCUGAUAGGAUUUUCGUCAUAUCUAGAGUAUUAGUGUGGAAAGAAAGACUAUUUCCAAGCACUGACUUUUUACUUCUGCUUAUUUUUCUAAUGCACUAGAUACCAGUGUGUGAUGUGACUGCAGUUUAUAUUUGUCCUUAUGCAACAGCAUUAUUGAUAAUGUCAGAACUUGUCCAGCUCUGGGAGGAAUUUCAUUUUAAGUGGUUCAGGAUAGUAUUUUCACACUGGGUUUUUAGAUAGAUUUCUCUCUUUGAUAUAGAAAUAAAUACAUCGUGAUUCUGUAAAUGGGUCCUUCAGGCAAGGUUAAAGUAAGGCUUUUUAAAAACAGAAGUGAUGAAAUCUUAGAGUAGCAGAAAUAGGGAGUAACAGGAAAUCUCAUAGGGUGAGAACUCUGGUAAAUAUUCUGGCCUUGUAGAAAUCAGCUGAAAUUGGGAUUCACUUGUGAAUUUCACAGUGAAACCAGUAUUUUACCUGCUGCAUAAACCUGUGAAAGGAGUAUUUGUACCCAGAUUUUAUCUCAGUUGCCUGAGCAUGAGGAAGAGCUGUAGUUGCACCUGUGUUCCCCCCCUCCACUGCAGAGUGAGUUUGGUGUGUGUAAAAAACAGGGCAAUAACCUUGAGUAUGUGUCUUUGACACACUGUGUGCUUCCCAGUGACAUAAGCAUGCCUCAGCUUGACUCCGAGUAUGAGGUACCUCCGACUCUGAGGUACCUCAGAAUGACAGUCCCCAGAUCAGAGGGUCAACCACCAGCCUGUGGCUGAGGCCACAUUUGCAAUUUUUUAUUUGGAAGCCGUCUGCUUGCAGAGACCAGAGCACAAUGGGUCACAUAUUCAGAGGCAGUAACAACCUUAAGACUUACCAGUCUGCUUCUCUUAAUAUAGGAUUAAAUGCUCCAUGUCCCAAAACAUCCAGCUGUUUCUUUCCCCUGCAAUGGGAAUAUGCAACGAAAAAUACGUGGCUAAUUAUUUAUUUUAAAUAAUUCCAGUUAGGAAGAAGUUAAUAGAAUCUUGCUUCUUCAUCGGUAGCAAUUCAUGUGUCAGAAGGACAGCUUCUUCAACUGGCUAGAAAUCUUUUGCAUUCUCCCUGGUUCUGCGACUAGCAAAUUAAAUACUGCAUGUAAAGAUGAUUUGGAAUUAGAUGGCUAAUUUAAUGAGAAACCAGCUGUUAAAAUAUUUGGUGUUGACCUUUUUUUUUCCCCGUUACCAGUCAAAAGGAAUUUUCAGCUGAUACGUGUCGCACCAAUUUCUAUUUCUCAGAUCCGUUAAUUAUUUUUAAGCAUUGCCUCCUAUUCCUAAUCAGCUCUGAUUCUUUGUUGUCGUGGUGGUUGCUAAAUAUAGACUGGAUUCUUCAAGGUUUGACCCUACAGAUUUGCUUUUGGAGAAUGUAAAAUAGAGCUUAACAAUGUAAAAAAAAAAAAUCAGAAGAUCAGUACAGGUAAAUUUUUUCUUUAAUUUACUCUAAGUGAUGAUAUAACCACGCCUCCUGUCCCAAACAUGCUUGGGUUUUGUUGGACCCUAGGGAUGGGAAUCCUGACAAAGCACAUCUUCCAAAUAAAACUCAAAAAACUUUCAACAGUGACAGCUCAUUUCUCUUCAAACUGAUCACACUAAGGAUCUAAUUCAGGAUCUAAUGACUGAAACAAUUCUAAAAAUCCAGUACACUCAGAGAUAAAGGGGUUAGAUUUAAAUUUUAGUGUGUGCAGCUUCCUCCACUUCCCAGACAUUAUUGGCCCAGUCCUAUAAGCUGCUGCUCAUGCCAGUUGUCCUUCUCAAAAUUUGAUGAAACCACUAACAUAAAGUCAUUUUUUUGGAGGAUUUCCCCCUGAUCUGCGUGAAAUAUAUAAUUUAACUGAGGUGUGACAUUAUUUGCUAGAUAUAUAAACUGAGUAAGUACAGCAAAAUACAGAGGAUCUGAUGAAAUUACCAAAAUGUUGUUUCAGCCUGAAAAACAAGAAAAAAGUCCUUGUCUAAAAUACUGCUUCAAGCGUAUGCGUGCAAAUUGUCUGCCAGUGCUGUCUUGGAAACAAAUUACAGUAACAAAUUUAGAGAAAAUAAAUGGAUCAUCUACUCAGCACAGUAAAACUGUGAUCCUGCAAACACAUUCACAUUUGUUUGAAAUAAAGCGUGCACGUAAUUAUUUUUAACCAGAUUUAAGAAUUAAGUACUAUCCUUCAGGAAAGGGUGACUGCUACUGUGCUAAAACCAUGCUCAGGCGUGGGCAGUCUAGAAGCUCAAAUUAAGUCUUUCCUAAACAGACAUUAACAUUUUUACCAGUGCAGGAGCAUUUUUAUGUAUCUGGUACCGAAAUGUGGAACAGAUUUGGCUUUCUUCUGUUUCUUAUUUUAUUAGAGCAUUGUUCAUGAGCUAUUUUUGUGAACUUGUCCUUCCAUUUUGGUUUCACUUGUACAGUCAUAGGUCCCUCAACAUAGCUAACAGCUUUGCAACUUUAGUCCAAACUUCUGUUUGGUCACUGUUCGUCAUUUAAGCUUAAAAUAUGUAAGAAAGCCUCUCAUGUAAUGGGAAAACUUGCCAUAAAAAUGUAUAAAAGUUUUAUUGGGUACAUGUUUUCACAUUUAAUAAAAAUGCAAUUUUCUGUUAUAAUUUGAAAUGGUCACUUUCUAGCCACUAUUCAGUUUCAACAUGGAAAAGAAAUUGAGAAAACGAAUUACCUUUUUUUUUAUAAUUUAUUUGAAUUCAGCAUCAUAAAUACAUGCUGAAAUACAUGGUUUUGGGGAAAUCAGAUCAAACCAAGAUUUGCUACUUAGUUGCUGUGAAUAAUACAGCUGGACUUUAUGUUGAAAGCUCCUUCCACAUCCCCAAAAGUGGAUUGCCAAUCAGCUGAUAUGUAUGACUUUGUAAGAGCCUAAUUCACAAAUAGGCAUUUCAUUUGUCUAUUCGGUGUUUUCACUGUAUCUUAUGGGUGAUUCAGGGUGCCCCUUAGCUGUGCAGGGUUCUGUGGUUGUAUCUCUCAGAAGAGUAACCAAGUGGUCAAGCAGGCUUGUUCACAGGGUCUGGUAAUUUUAAGGACUGGAUAAUAUAUCCACCAGAUGUGCACUCAGAAACAAGGUAUUCUUAAGCUACCUCGCUGUUCUCUUGAGAACUUGUGCAAUUCUUCUUGCAGUUAGGUCUGGGGCUCCCUUAAGACCUUACAAUGCCGAGACAAGAAGCUCUAAUUUUGCUAGAGAAAGUUCUGGCAGUUUAGCACAAGUUUUCAUAGGGAAUCAGCACAAAACAUGGGGAUUUUGAAAGGUGAUGCAUUUUCUCAAUACCCUGGGUGUACUAGGAAAUAGACCAUACAAUUUAGAAGUUUGGUCUGUUACAGAGGUAUAUACAGUUCCUCAGAUUAGGAGGGAAUUAUAACAAUAACCAUGACCAAACGUAUGUUUGUCCCUAUAGAGUGAAUCAUCACUAAUUGCUUUUGAUAUGAAGAUUUAUUGCUAUGGAACAACUGCUCCAAUCCUUGAGCAGCCAAAUUAUCAAUGGGAUGAACUGGAUAUUUGUAGGCUUUACUUCUGUUGUUUAAUCUUGAUGUUUUCUUCUCUCUCAUUUGGAUUUUCCCAUUUAAAUGUACCAUGCCAGAUUGUUGCACGAAAAUAAGAACAAUUUGCCCAAUAAACGUGCAGAAAGUUGUUCACAUCUGUAACUAGAGCCCUACUACAGAGAGUUUAUUUCGUUAGAGACAUUGGGCGUAACAACAAACAAGGAGUGGCAGUGCAAUAUCCUGAGAGCCCUUACUGUUACAGAUUAGGAAAGUUAGCAUCUCAUGGACUUUCACAUCAGAUGAGAUGAUUUCUAACAAUAACAGAAAACAAAAGCUGAUAUUUGCCAUGCGGAUUGGAGGAAAAUAAAAUACAAAUAGAGGAUGAUUAAUUGAGGAAGAAAUUUACUAAAGCUAUAACUUACUAGGAGAGUUUGAAAAGAAUGUUACUCAUAACAGGCUUGUUAGCAGCAGACCCAGUAGCUAGGAUUCAGUCACUGCUCCUUUUUUUAAUGCAGAGGUGCAUCCUGCAGCAUCUGAUCCCCAGCAGAGAGGUUGGGUUUCUUGAUCUAGGCAGAUUGUGGACCAGGGACUACGAUAUCCACAGGCCACACCUUUUGUUACAGAUGAGCAAAGUGCAGGUGCCCUUCAGUGGAUGUUGAAGUCCAGCUCUAACAGGAGCAUGUCCAUCAGUUUAGUGGAAAAGAAAAGCAGUGCUUGCUGAAUUGCCACCUAAAACCAUGGCAUUCAAAAGCAGGGGUAGGCUGUUCCCAGGUCUAUUCUCAUUUUUCUGAUUAACUCCUAGUGUUGAUUUGAUUUGCACUUAUGUCAGUGAUUAAGGAGGAGAAUAAAAGUUCCUAAGCUAGGGCUGAAAUACAGACAUGGAAGAAUGGCAUGAGUGAAGUGGAAGCUGGAGCUUUCUGUUAGUUGAGAAUCAAGUAAAUUUUUUUCAGGACAAAAAGAAUCCAUACAAUAAGCAUUUUUAGCCUUGUAGUGGCUGUUUGGGAGGUGUGAAUCAAAAUGCUGUAUAUGCUUAGAGACCAAUUUUGAGGGCUUUUUUUGUGGCAAGUGUCCCCUUGCAAAAAUGUUGCCGUGCAUCUAUUUUGUGCAUGUUCGCCUAAAACCACAAAAAAAAAUUUUUUUUAAUGGAUUGCUGUACAUGCAUCUGGCAAACACUUGUUUCUGGUGGGGAGAGGAGGAAGAUUUGAUAGCUGGUGGGUUAGCAUAUUUAUGUGAAUUACUUAAAGCAUUGGUAAACUAUUGUCAACUUUGUUCACAUUGCACAAGAUACUCGUGUAGUCUACUGCUGGCAUUAUAACCUCAGUGAUCCAUGCAUAUUCUGUAAAUUCCUGUAGGUUUUGUGUAAGAAACCUUGUCACCAUUGCUUACUACUGUAAAUUCUUGUUUUGAAGCAAGAGGUGGCUUUUGAUUGUAUUAUAUACUACAACAGUACUUGUUCUGUCCUCAAGACUUGCUGUUCACAUAUAGUUAAAGCUUUGUUAAGCACGCUUAGUGGUUUCAGAGUUUAUUUCAAACAGCAGAUAUAUAAGCCAUGUACAGGAAUAUUAAAUGUAAUGUAAGAGAAUUCAACCCAGUUCAUACUCUUUUUGGGAGCUUGGGGUUGGAUUUUAGCAAACAGGCAGCUGCAGGUUGGCGCAUUUCGUGGCUCCGUGCCGGGUGUGCAGCAUGUGCUUUCCGUCUGCAGGUGCCUGCCAGCCUGAGAGAUCAGACCCUGUGCAGGGAACUGCACAGGAGGGAAAGUCUCUCUUCUUGCUGUCCCCUGGCAAAGGCCAGCUGCGGGACCUCAGAGACACCCACCAACCUACAGACUUCCUUGCACUAAAUGAGCAAAGACACACUAGCUUUUCCUCUGGUGUCUCUUUUUUUUCCCAAAAACUUCUGCAUUGGUGCCAGGACAGAAACCCAUCUCUAAGGGCGUGCAGGGGUUGAAGCACUGCCUCCGAAUUGUGUCUUCAUCCCCAGCUCUGACAGGCUUUACGUGAGGCAGUGUUUUAAGGAGAAUUUAAUUAUUUGUCUGUUUUUUAAGAUAGAAAGAUAAUCUGAGUUCUUGAACUCUUGAUUCUUUUUUUCAUUAGUAUUUUAUGAUAUACAACAAAGACCUGAAAAUGUGCAUGUGUUCUUUGCGGGUUUCUGACAUCACAAAUUCAAGUCCUGUCUAGACUGAAAUACAAUGAUGUGAAAAAGCUGGGAAAGUUGAAGGGGAUUCUUACUUGGAUUAUUUUAAAUUCUGUGUUUUGUUUUUAUUGAUACUUUAAAUGACUAGGUUAAUCUUUUGAAUAAAGGCAGUCUUUUUUAGUGACUUUGCACCUUCACCCUUUCACAUAAGACUUUGAGUACUUAUAAUAAAUGUUCCCUACACUUCCAAGCCAGUCUGUAGACAUAUUCCCUAUACUUCUAAGGUCAAAAAAAAUGUUUCUACAGAUUACUUCAGACCUUUACAGAGAACAACAGGGUAAUCCCAAUCCCAUAAUCCCAGGUAUUUGUAGGUCACACUUAAAGAAUUAGGCAGGUGUAUUUUAGACAAAGAAUGACUUUGAACAUCAUACAUGAACCUAAUGUUCAAACUCCACUCUUUGGGAGUAAAGAAAACCUCAGUAAUUUUCCAAACCAGCAAGAAUUAAAUUUGUCAAAAUAAAUAUUAAUGUAGAAAAUACAUGCAAAACUUGAUACUUCCUCUGACCUUAAGCACCAAUAUUGAUAAUACUGGGAGUCUCACAAAGUUUGGUUAUUUCAGAACAGCUGUAUUUCUCCUCAGCAUGUGCUUCAUCUUCAUUAUCGACAGCUACUGCAAACAGCCAAUCCAUGCCAUAGUGACAGACUUCAGAAGCAUGGCAAUACAAAAUUCCCACAGCAUCAUAAAUAUGAGUGUUGUGUUAGGGUGAGUAACCACUCCAACUGCAUACUUCUCAGGACCUUGUGUGUAACUUUUAAAAGCAGGCUCUGGGAUAGUUUCAGAAGGGCAGUAGUCUGUGUUGAUGAGAGGUCCAACAUGCUGCCUGACAGUGAUCCCCUUCCAAAUGGUUUAGGGUCUUGCUUUGGGGGAUCAUAACUACCCCAGCUGCAGCCCUUGGAAGAAGUCAUACCAUGGAUACAUCUUUAUUUGAAGCCCCUCGACUGUGUCAGAAAACAGACCUGCCCCUGAAGGCUUCCCUUCUUUCAAAAAUCCUUUUGGAAAUACACUGCUGUUUUCCAUAGCUGUUGAAGUGCUGAGAGGUUUGGUGGCUUUAGUUCUGUUGUACCAAAAUACAACCCUGUGUGCACUUGUAUACAGAGAGAGCCUCCCCUCAGAGAGUGCCUCUGAGAGUCAGGGUAGCACAGCUCCGGGAAUCCCGUGUUCGGAGAAGCCACUUUGUCUAAGGACCAAACAAGGAUAACAAGGUCAUAAAAUCAGGCCUCACUGUUUUGUCUUUCAAAAGUUCCUUGCAAGACUGGGGAGCUGCAAAGACAUGAAUUGUGUGGAUCACUAACCACGAAGCGUAUCUGGGUUGGAGUCUCAGACAAGCUAUUAGAGACUGGGUUUUGUAAUGGUAAUACUGUACCACCACAUCAGAUUUGUUCUGCUCCACACUGUGGCCUGAUUCAUCCUACCCUAAUUUUAGCUGCCUAAAAAUUACCUAGGUCUUUCCUGUAAGUCAGAGGAGGGGCAGGAGAGGAGAUGCCUCUGGAAGAUUGUAUUAUGGCAUCAGUUGCUCUCAGCUGAAGAAUCCUCCAUGCUUUUAAAGGCCAACAAUUAGGCAGCAUGAAUCCAAGGGUUUAUAUUUAGCUUCACAUCCCUGUACGCAAAAGUCUAGUUAUUUGAGGCUGGUGUGGGCAAGAAUAAUGCAGCUCCUAAGAACCUGAAUCUGAGUGGCUUCCAGAUGAGUUUGUGAAUCCUUCAAUCUCAAACAUGAGAUUUCUGCCCCAUGGUUGCUAUUUUCUUCAUCUUUACUUCCUUUUUUAUAAACAGGUGUAUCUUGAACUAACUUGUUUAAACAUUUCUAAGUUUACACCUGCCUAGAAAUCAUCACCUUUAUUUGUUAAGUGGGCUCUUUCCCUUUUUGCCUGCACCGAUUCAUUCACUGAAAGCAACACAUGAAGAAACCAUUGCAUAGAAUCAACACCAGCAAUAGCAUAUGCUGCUUUUAAAUUCAGCUGUGAGAUUAUAACUAAGAUAUUAAUGUUCAUACUUUCUAGGGAUGGCUAAAGAUUCGUUUCCUGAGAGCUUUAUAGCUCCGGAUCCAUAAAUCUAGGAGCUCCUACUUUAGGACUGUGAGAAUACAGGUAGUAAUGGCUGUUUAUGGGGAUUUUGGGUUUUUUAAACCUGUGGUAAAUAUAUAUGAUUUCACAUGCUGGUUUGGAAAUGAGGAAAGUAUCCAGUUUCAGAUAGACCAGAUCUUUGCUGACAGUGUUACUGUGGAUUAGCAAAGCCCAUUUAUAGCAGGUUCCACCUCAGGCUUGCACUGUACACCUACUUUAUUCUAGUUCAGCUUGAUACCUUUCUUCAUUAACUGCCGGUACGAAAUCAUAACAGCAGUUGUGCCAAUUCUUGUUGUGAGCUGAGGAACAACUGAUGUUUAAAAAUGCAAAUGUUGUAACUUGCACCUUUUCACCUUCAUGAAGUGUCCACAUUUUCACAGCUGGGCCUGAGACAGCAGCUGCCUCCAAAGUUGCCAUAUAACUUCAUCACACAAAAGUGGGUGUAAUUUUCUUUGUGAGUUUAACAGGAGCAGUAUUGAUACAUUUGCUUUAUUUCCUGAGUUGUGAGUCAUUCAGUGUUGAAAAUUAUAUGCAUCUUGUGUAGCUAUGAAUAGAAGACUUGAGAGUUGGUUUUUUUAUGAUAUGCUAGUACAGUCCCUGCUCUGCUGUUCAAUAUUUUGAGUGCCAAACUUAACCAAAAUGUUACCUUCAUGGAUUAUCUUAGCCUCAUCACUGCAUGAAAAUGGGUAUGAAUUUCCAGUUACUGUUUCUGGGUUCUCAGUGAAUUCUGGGCCAAAGGUAAAACAGUUGCAGUGGGCAAGAUUGCUGUGGCAGCCACUUACUGACAACUUCUCAGAUGCAUAAAGCCGUUCUGUCUGUCAUCUGACGCUUCCAGUUUCCUCAGUGGAUCACCAUGUUCUUGAAUAUCCUGAUGGGUAUUGUCAGCCAGCGGAGGAAAGGUGGACAAGCUCACCACCCAGGAAGGGUAGAAAUGUAGCGAGUAAUGAGCUGUCUUCUCCAGCAAUCAUUUAUUUUUAGUGCUUAACUUUCAAUUAACAUUUGUAUCUUCAGAUAUUAUUUUACCAUUCAGUAUCUUGAGGUGGUAUGAGCAAAAAUAUACGAAUAUAUAUAAUUUACAAGAAAUAUAGGCUUGUAUCGUGCCUUUGUAAUUCUCUUCAGCUUCAGUAUCUAUAAGCUACAAGCAGACAAACUUCUUCCCUCUUUUGGGGUGUUCUUUACUACGUAGUAGCUGAUGGCUUCAUUAAUACUGGCUUUUGGAGUCUUCUGGGGCUAAUGUUUAUGUUUUCAUGGGUGAAAAUGCCAUAGUAUUCUCACCAGACAUAAGCACAAUGACAUACCACUGCAGUGCAUGCCGUCUCUUAGCUUCUCUCUACGCGUGCUUGCAUGUUGGAAAUUUAGAAAUGCUGCUGUAUAAAUUGCUACAUUGUUUACCCAAUAUAGGUGUUUUUCUGCAUCCCGUUUUUGCUCAAAACUCCCAUUAACUUGAAAGUUAACAAUGGCUUGAAAGGGGGUUUUGCAAGUGUAAAGGAUGCAGGGAGCAACUCUUCAGUAGUUUACAGGCUGCUGUAAAUUAAUGUCUUCUCAGCAAAGAAAUGUAGCAUUUUAGCAGUAACUUGCUAGUGAAAACACUGAGCGUGCUUAUCACUUGAGAUUUUAAGGGGAAAAAAAGUGUCAGACUGUAAUUGUAUCUCAUCUAAUUCUGACACUUAACCAGUAAUAUUCCAUGAGGUAUGAACCUCAGUUUUGUCUACAUGUUCACGAUACACCAACCGAUGCAGAACUGAAAGGUGAACAGCCAUGUUUUAGUAUCGCAGCUACACAAGAAAUCACAGUUUGCAAGAGGUUCUGUUUUGAUUUUGUUUCUUUAACACAUUUUCACCACAGAAGUAUUUUUCUAUAUAGUUACCUGAGGCUUCCUUUCACCAACCAAAAUAAUCUGUAGCCUUCUGCACUGUGAAAGGCAAGCCCUGUGGAGAAACAUGGGCUUUGCGCUUGCCCAGCAAAUUAGCCGAAAUUUCAUCCAAGCCAUAAAAGCCUCUUAUGUUAAUCUGUGUUUAUGUAAUUAAAGCAAUCAGGGAUAGGAGCUUCAGGAAUAACGAGGUCUCUCUAUCCUCUGUUUUACUCUCUCUCUGUACUUCAUAGGGAUUUAAGAGUUCUUUUUACAAGGCUCAGCUGUGUCUCUUUAAACCAGUGCAGUCCAAGCAUCGCGUGAGAUUCAGUUUAUGGAGAUAGCAUUGGAGCGUGAAAGAUUUGCUUUUGGUAGCAAGGAGUAACGCAUGUCCCUGUGGACGUGGACACUUGCAAACAAGUCUGAUACCAAGAAUAAAAAAAAAUGAAGAUGGUACCAGUACAUCAUACUCUGUACUACAGUGGGUUUUUUAGCUUUUGUCAUUUGUAUUUUAUUUUGUGGGAGAGGAGUUGGGGAAUCUUGGAUCACAUGGGGAAUUUUAGAAGUAUAUCACUCAACAAUCAUUUUAUAAAGUCUAACUUCAAAAUGCACUAUGAUUUAUUACAAAAAUAUAUUUUCUUCUGUUAGCCGACAUGGUUGUUCCAUUUUGUGAUAAGUUAAACUCAGCAGUUAAUUUGUUGCACUGCCUAGCUGCAUGAAUUAAUCCAGUGUACAUAUGUACCUGUGCAGCAUUACUUUGGGUUUUGUAUUUGAAUUUGCAGUAUUGAUUAUUAUUUUUGUAUUUUACUUUGCCUCUGUUAUUGGAAUUGUAGUAAACAUAAUUUAUACAUAUGAUUUUACAACUGUUUUGGAACUGAAAAGUCUUCUUUAAAUUGUAAAGUUUUAUUGAUGGAUACUCAUUAAAAUGGUAUAAGAAUUAUAUUAACAAUUGUUUUGUGUUUUGAUGCUCUCUGUACAUAAAUAUAUGUCUAUUUAUCUGUUUAAUGGUGCUUGUGUCUUGCAAUUUUGGAUACAUUUUAGAAUAAAGUUUCAUUUUACAAGAA